AUGGACAAGUUUAAGAGGAUCCAGAACAUCGUCAACCAGCAGGACAACUUCAGGCUCGUGUCACUGCUGACUGCAGGGGGGCAGCAGCUCUUCACUUUCAUGGUCUUUGAGUGUCCCUGCAACAAGGAGCUGAACUUCAUGUACGGGAUGGUAUCGAUGCUGGUGCCCGCUCUGACCCUGUUGCUGCUCGGAUACAUCCUCAGUAAGAAGACCUGGAAGCUGAUGACGGGUAUGUGCCGGCGCAGAGAGCGGCCGUGCGGGUGGAGGAGAGUGGCUGCGGCCGGGGCCGUCCUGUUCCAGAUCAGCACCUGUGCGAUGGCGGCCCCGUUCACCUGGGUCGCCGUGGCUCUGCUCAACGGGAACUACGUGGUGUGCGCCGUGACCGGGACCAACUCGAGCAGCUUCCACAGACACCUGUGCGGAGAGACACAGUACACGGAGCAGUGCACGAAGGAGCUGUUCAUGUUCCCCUGUGGAGAAGCCAGCGGGGUCCCAAAGGUUUACAGGGAUCAGGUGAUGCUCACCCUCAAGGCUCACUCUCAGGUCAGUGGUCUCCGAGCUGAAGUCUAACUCAAGAAAGUUGUCAUUUGCAUCGUCUUUGAUAUCCUGAUCCAGCUGUGAGAGACACCUGAAUCUUAAUAAAUCCGAUGAGGAUUAUGCAGCCUAGUGCACAUCCACUAGGCUGAAACCUCUUCAGUGGUAGAAAAACGUGUUUUAUAAAUUUGACAACAUACUUGAGUACAGUUGAACAUUAGCAGGCCUAUAAUUGAUCAAUACUUGAUCAAUUAAUUAAUAUUUUAAUGCUAAAAUAUAAGCUUAUGAGCUUUGUGGUAUAAUUAUUUUUCUUUCUUUAUUGUUUUCCACUCUUGGUGUAUUCUUUAGUUUUUCAAGUGCAAGUCAAUUAUUGAAUAAUCAACUUCAAGAGUUUUAGAAAUAUGCACAAUGUUACCUCAAUAAUACACCUGAAACAAUUUUGUAACCUUGUAAAAAUAUUAGCUUCAGAGCUCUAUGUUUUACAUGUUCAUGUAAACAUAUAAUUCUUUGGCUUAUAUACAUCAUGACUAUAUAUUUUAUUGAAAUGCAUAAUCAUUACAUGUUCUAUGUCAUUUAAGUAGUAACACAGUAAUACAUAAUCAUGCCAACUGCACCUUACACUGACGAAAACCUGGUCUGGAGUCUAUAGUCAUUGGUGCAGAUCUGUACAUUCCUGAUUUUUUGAGGGUGCUGUUACUGUAUAAUAGAAUAUUAAAAGGCCCUCUGAAUCCCAUUCAAGGAGAUAUAAUGUGAAAACAGUAUUCUCAAUGAUUUUUCAGUCUACAGAAUGUUAAAAGUGUCAAGUAAAGUCCUUUCAUUUGAUAAAGCGUUAAAGUAGUGCCCUCAACAUGAUCUUAAUAUAUGUAUAUAAUGUAAAAAGUGAUUCCUAGAUUCCCUUUCAAUAGAUAAAACAUUAUUUAAGUGCCACUUAACUGCCUUUAAUGGAUAUAACAUCAAGCUUGGGUCAACAGGAUGCCCUUCCAUUGGCUAAUGGUAAAACUAUUGACACUCUUGAUGUUUUUCCAUCAUGCAAAACAUUCUGGAUGCCCCAUCAGUGUAUUAAACACGUUAUAAGUGGCAACUGGAUGCCCAUCCAACAGAUAAUAAACUGUACGAGUGUCCUUUGGAUGUCACUCCAGGAAAAAAGUUUUUAAAAAAAUUUAAAAAAAAGAAAGGGAGAGAAGCCACAUUUCACAACCCUGUUUAAAAAUGAGCAUGUGAAAAACAACUGAUCAAGUUUAACUGGGCUGUAGGCUUAAUGUAGAAAGGGGCAUUCAUUAUUUAUAUAUCAUUAAUUGUGCCCUUGUCUUUUGACUUUCAACAACUUAAAUUUGUUUAAAUUUAAGUUAUGAUUCUGAAACCCGGCAUCUACUUGCUGUACACAAUUUCCAAAAUAAAAAUUUUCAAGUCUAACAUCAUUUUUGCAGGCUGGAACCAACUCUAUUGCAAAUCUACCUCAUGAUGUCAAAAUGCAAAGAAGAAAUAGAAAGUAAAGAAUGACAUAACUCUCUUCAAAAUGUUGCUAAAAGCAGAUCUUCAUUGUUGGUUGGAUUUAUGGAUGGAUAAAUUGUUGGAUACGUUUUUUUUGGUUCACGGAGAGACAGAGCACACAUACUAAGAGUUCACUGAGUAAGUUUAAAACCUUGUUUACAUUUCACUCAAACGCUGGGAUUUCUUAACGACCUAAACAACUUUAGCUGAGUAUUGGUUUCACAUCUGGUUUUAAGAGCAUGGAUUUGGGACUGGUUUAUUGUUCACCUGCAUGGAGGUUUACUUUCAUAAGUUAAUGUGCAACAUGCAUGAUUUGGGUGACAUAUGUGGUGAUGAAUCUUGGCUGUAUGUUCCUGCUGUCUUCAGAUUCUGGGUUGGUUUCUUAUUGCCUCCCUCAUUUUGUUCAACCUGCUGCUGACCUGCCUGGCUCGCUGUUGCUCACCAAUCAGUUACCUCCAGCUCAAGUUCUGGAGAGCCUACGCUGA